AUGGUUUGUUUUAAUGGUUUCUUUUUGCAUAAAAAGGAGUAAACUUCAUUCACUGCUGGCUUGAGGCAGUGAUUAAUGCAGAUCUCAAAAAGACCAGCCAAUAAUAGUAGGAACAGGAAGAGCUUAGACGAAACUGUGGCAAUUUGUGUCCCUAUUCAGCGUUAAUUACACUAUAAACUUUAGUACGAAGACGCCAAAAUAUCCUUUUUUCCCUUGCCUUGCUCACCAGCUAGCAGAAAAUUUAAAAUAAAACUUUUAGCAAUUUCAAGAAAAAAUCCUGGUAAUCUUUGUUAGUGCGCUUUCAAUAAGAAGUUCUCAAUUUGAUUUUCAAUUUCGCUUUUCAAAUUUCGAAAUCUGGUCUUUUGUUUUUCACAGCAUUGUUUUGCGUGCGUGGCAAUUGCCGUGAUUGAAAUUUUGUGUUUCCAAAACAAAGGACUGUCUGUGAGAAUAUUUUUUGUUUUCACUUGCAUAUUAUUGCAUGGCACCCCCAAUAAGUAAAUUAUAGGAAAAACAAUUUUUAUAGGUGAUUGGUUCACAUUUGCAGAGUACGUGGAACAUUGAAUACUUGAAGCCGGAGUUUUUGACACCGGUCCCGUCGGAUAUCGCAAUCUCCCGCAAUCAACCACCCAAAAACAUUGAAAAGGUUCAUGAUACUCUCGAUUUUUCAAAACUCGUAACUCUACGAAAUCACUACAAAUGGUUCAAAAAGUUACGAAUCAGCUGCAUUUGGCUUUCAAAAGUUUGAUGAACGUUUCGGAUAUCAUCUAAUGCGCUUGAGCUUUGAAGAAGUUUUAUUUGAAAAUAGAAAAUCGGUCGAAAAUUACGAGAUUUUGGGGUUUAAAAUUUUUCUGAUCUUGAUCUGAUCAACAAAUAGGGGUUCUGUUGAUUUUUUAAAACCUUUCCGAAGAGCAGAAUAAAAUUGCUUCCCUUCACACACUGUCGCGGCGCAAAAUUAAAAUCCUGUGAGACGUUUCAUAUCAGUCAAAAAAGUUAUGUUGAAGAUCGGAUCUUUUAGCCAUUCGUAGCAAAAGUACAACACUUCAAAAAAAAAAUACAAAAAAACGGAAAAAUUCGAAUAUUUUCAGCUUGCUGAAGAAGUCGGAAUUCUCCCCGAUGAGUUGGACUUGUACGGCCGCAAGAAAGCCAAGGUCUCAUUGGAUGUUUUGAAACGACUCGGCGAUGUUAAAAAUGGAAAGUACGUGGUGGUUGCAGGUGAGGAUAACCGGUUUUGAAAAAUAUGUCAGUUCAACUCAGGAAUCACGCCAACGCCGCUCGGAGAAGGAAAGUCCACAACAACGAUUGGCUUGGUCCAAGCUCUUGGGGCUCACCUGCAUAAAAACGUUUUUGCCUGUGUUCGUCAACCUUCUCAAGGACCCACUUUCGGAAUCAAAGGAGGAGCUGCUGGAGGGGGCUAUGCUCAGGUGAACGAGUUCAAAAUUCUAAGAAUAUAAGAGAUGGGAAAACAGUUGACUGGAGAGUGAUCUUCGAACUUUCUGUGGCGCAAACCUAGCAUGGUUUCAAACGAUGGGGAUUCAAUUAAUCUUAGAUCCUUAGGCGCAUCGGAAAAGUUUAUUUUUGGAUUUCAUUUUUUGAAAAUAAGUUUGACAUCCAUUUCUGGGCUUACUGGUAACCUUGAAUAGCGGAAACUCUUCUCAUAAAUGAACUUGGAGGUUAUUCCAAUGGAAGAGUUCAAUCUCCAUCUGACUGGUGACAUCCACGCCAUCACCGCGGCGAAUAACCUUCUCGCGGCGGCUAUCGAUGCAAGGAUGUUCCAUGAAGCUACUCAGGCCGAUGACGCUCUUUUUAAUCGCCUUUGUCCGAAGAACAAGCAAGGUGAUGAGAAAGAACUUUUCUGAGAGCAAACUUUUUUUUCAGGCAUGCGAGUGAUGUCUGAAAUUCAGCUACGCCGUCUGGAUCGCCUUGGAAUCAAGCGUGUUGAGGACGCCGAAGCCCUCGAUCCCGAGCAACGUCGUCGUUUCUCUCGACUUGACAUCGACGCUGAUACGAUCACCUGGAAUCGAGUUAUUGACACCAAUGAUCGGUUUUUGAGAGGUGGGAAGCUUGAGGAUUUAGCCAUUUGAAGAUUUCGGUUUUGAGGAAUUGAGAUUGGCUUGGGACCUAAUGAAAAGGGACACACUCGAAAGGCCAAAUUUGACAUCGCCGUUGGUAGCGAGGUUGAAUACCGAAAAAUAUUUUUGAAUCACUAUUUUUAUCCAGUUGAUGGCUAUUCUGGCCCUCACUACGUCAUUGGCGGAUCUUCGCGAAAGAAUCAGCAAGAUCGUGAUAGGAUCUGAUAAGUCUGGACAGCCAGUGACGGCUGACGACGUCGGAGUGACCGAAGCUUUGACUGUAGGAGAGUAAAAACAAGCCGAAAAUAAAUUUUAAGUUUGAAGGUUCUGAUGAAAGAUACUGUCCGACCGAACUUGAUGCAGACUUUGGAAGGAACUCCUGUGUUUGUGCAUGCGGGACCUUUUGCGAACAUUGCACACGGGCAAAGUAGCAUCCUUGCUGACAAGGUUUGAUAUUUCUGAAAUUAUUCUCUGAAAAUUGACUCAGCCUUCUCGAUAGAUUUUUCGUUGAUAGAUGUAGUUUCCGUGCGAUAUUGCACUGAAAGGUUAGAGCAGAGUUUUUUUUUUAAUAUGACUAUCCAAAAUUGAAAACAGACUUUCUUCUAUCUCUCCAACAAAACUCUAAUGCUUCGGAAAUUCUUCGAAAAUAAGUUUUGAUCAGAUUGAGAGUCGAAAAGAAUGUUUUCAGGUCGCUCUAAAACUGGUUGGUGACGACGGUUUUGUGGUUACUGAAGCUGGGUUCGGCGCUGAUAUCGGUAUGGAGAAGUUUUUCAACAUCAAGUGCAGGUGAAUAAAAUCUCACUACUUUUUUGACUCUUCGCUCUCAGAUAUUCUGGUCUUCAUCCUUCGGCUGUUGUUCUGGUUGCCACAGUCAGAGCCCUCAAAAUGCACGGAGGAGGUCCAGCUGUGACCGCUGGAACUCCUUUGAAACCUGAGUACACUCAAGAAAACUUGCCAUUGCUCGAAGGAGGAUGUGAUAGCAACCUCAGGAAACAGGUUGGAUCAUACUGUUCAAAAAACCCUUUCAAGUAUUUUCUUCAGAUCGAGAACGCGAACAAAUUUGGCGUUCCAGUUAUUGUCUCUGUGAAUCAGUUUGCAAGCGACACCGAAGCUGAACUCAAUCUUGUAGUGAAAAAGGUAUAAUCUUCUUCUUUGAACUCUCAUUUUGAGAACUAAGGCUCCAAUGGUUUUUUUUUUCAGUGCGAAAAAUUUCAAUAAAAUUUCAGGCUCGGGAACACGGAGCUUUCGAUGCCGUGAUCUCAAACCACUGGGCUCAGGGUGGAGCUGGCGCAACAGAUCUUGCUAAGAGCUUGGUCAAAGCUACAGAAAAGCCAAACAACUUCAAGUAAUUCCCGAUUUCAACGGAAAAAAAGCUUUUGAAUUUCUCAGGUUCUUGUACAAGCUUGACUUGUCGCUGGAAGAGAAAAUCGCGACCAUCGCUCGAGAAAUUUAUGGAGCUGAUGGAAUCGAACUCUCUGACUUGGCCAAGCAGGUUUUGAAGGAAAAGUAUUAGAACCAACAAAAGCUUCAGAAAAUCGAAACUUACACAAAACAAGGGUUCGGACAGUUGCCCAUUUGUAUGGCAAAAACGCAACUUUCGCUCUCACAUGAUCCAAGCAAAAAAGGAGCGCCGACUGGUGAGACUAAACUUUUAAAAGUGUCAAAUAAUUCUUGCACUAUCUACCCAUGGCGAUCGGUUUGAAUGGUUUAUUUCAAGGCUUCAUUUUGCCCAUACGCGACGUGAGCGCAUCUGUCGGUGCAGGAUUUAUUUUCCCGUUGGUCGGCGACAUGACCACGAUGCCAGGACUUAACACACGUCCUUGCUUCUUUGAUAUCACCAUCGACCCUGUCACUGAGGUCAUCGACGGCCUCUUCUAA